GAUUUGAACUCGAAAGCCCUGUCAUCAACCCAACAUUGUGCUGACGAACAUCUAAUACUCCACAUGAUCGAUUGAAGUUAAUCACAGUGGAAUAUGGGCUGCAUUGCAAGUGUUAUUGUUUUUAUGAUCCAAAAAUGAUUCCAUCAAACACGAUUUGUGUAUCGCAGGAGGGCCCGGCGAACGCGCUGGCUCUUAAUAAAGAUGCCUCUCAAGUGGUCAUAGCUGGAAGAAACGUGUUCAAAGUGUUUGCUAUUGGCGAGACGGAGUUCACGGAGGUGUGCAACCUGCGGGUCGGCAAGAACCUCAACCUCAACUUCUCUUCUAUUGAUGUGGCUUGGAACUCUAUUGAGGAAAACACCAUAGCCACCGCUGCUACCAACGGAGCUGUCGUGGUGUGGAACCUCGGGCGCUCCGGGCGCUCCAAGCAGGAACAUGUGUUCUCCGACCAUAAGAGGACUGUUAAUAAGGUGAGCUUCCACCUAACGGACCCGGCGCUGCUGAUAUCCGGCUCUCAAGAUGGCACCAUGAAGUGCUUCGAUCUACGGAUGAAAGAAGUCGCUAGAACUUUCAUUAGUAAUACAGAAUCAAUCCGGGACGUCCAAUUCAGUCCACACCAGGCGCAUACAUUUGCCGCGGUGUCCGAAAAUGGGUCCGUCCAGUUGUGGGACGUGCGUCGCUCCGAGCGCUGCGUGGUACAGUUCACCGCGCACUCGGGGCCGGUGUUCGCCUGCGACUGGCACCCGACCGCCCCUGCCUUAGCCACGGCAUCGAGGGACAAGACCAUCAAGGUGUGGGACAUACACGGGAAGCCUACGUUAGAGCACACGAUAUACACCAUCGCGUCCGUCGGACAUGUCAAGUGGCGCCCACAUCGCAAACACCACGUAGCAUCCUGCGCCCUAGUGCUGGACUGCGCGGUCCACGUGUGGGACGUACGUCGCCCCCACGUCCCCUUAGCCACGUUCGCGGAACACAGGGACGUGGCCACAGCCGUCGCCUGGCUGCCGACGUUAGACGCGUUCCUGUCCACCAGCCGAGACUGUUCCCUAUACCGGCACCGCUUCAACGAGGCGGCCCACCCGGUGCUGUGGGCCAACCCGCAGGGCGUCAGCGUCUCGGCGCGCGGCGAGCUGGCCUCCGCCGUGCCCGAGGCGCCGCUGCCCGCGCUGCCCACCGCGCCCCGCGCCGACGAGAGGCACCUGCCCGGCCUGGGUCGCAAGCAGCCCCGCGCGGGCUCGCUGACGGCGGCGGCGCAGGCCACGCUGGAGCGGGCCUUCCCCGACGGCGCCGCGUCCGUGCUGCGCCGCGCCCGCGCCCCGGCCGCGCCGCUCGGGGCCUGCGCCGCGCACUACCGCCUGCACGGCGCGCCGCCGCACGAGCUGGCCGCGCACAACGCCCGCGUGGCGCGCGCCCUGGACCGCCACAUGGUGGGGCACGUGUGGGACGUGGUGCGCUGCGUGUACAGCGCGCGCUCGGGCUCGGCGCGCCGCGCGCCCGCCCCGCCCCCGCCCGCGCCGCCGCCGCCCGCCCCGCCCCCGGCCGCGCCCGCCUACAGUGCCGUAGAAGAAGAACCGAUGGAGGAAGUAGAAGAAUGGGCAGAGAACCAGUUCCACAACAGCGGAGUCCUAGGGCUCCCCACACACAGCAUCUACGUGCCGCCCUCCCGACUCCAGCGCCGCGACGAUGAAACAGCGGGCUGGGUGUCAGCCGCGUCGGCGCACUACGUGGACGUGGAGGCGGCCAACUGGACGCUCCCGGAGGAAGCCUUCCCGUUGCGCGCGCCCGCGCACGCCGUCACCCCGCCGCCCGCCGACGACCACGCGGGUACCACGGCGGGCGGCGCGUCGCCGGGCGGCAGCGCCUCCACGGGCUCGGGGCCGGCCGCGGAGCACCCCUACACCCACCAGACCUCCGUCCCGCUGGAAGACACGUCGAACUCCGGCUCGGGCUCCGAGGGCGAGCUGUCGGUGCGCGCGGAGCCCCCGGUGUCGCGGCUGGACGCGGCGCCGCUGCUGGCGGCCGCGCUGAAGGCCCACGCGGCGCUCGGCGACGUGCAGACCGCCGCCACCGUGUGUCUCGCUCUACAGGAGCACAGGUAUAACUCCGGGUCGGUGUCGCGGCUGGACGCGGCGCCGCUGCUGGCGGCCGCGCUGAAGGCCCACGCGGCGCUCGGCGACGUGCAGACCGCCGCCACCGUGUGUCUCGCUCUACAGGAGCACAGAUCGGACCUGUUCCCGUACAUCGACGAGGCGCUACAAGAGCAGUGGCUGCUGGGCUACAUCGAGUUACUACAUAGGUAUAAACUGUGGAACGUCGCUACCGAGGUGAUCCGCUGCGCGUGGCUCGGCUCCGUUCGCGCACUUUCCCAGCAGUCCACCAGCAUAGCGGCGUGCUGCGGCCGCUGCGCGCGCCGCACGAGGCCGCACCAGCCCUGCGACCGCUGCCACGCGAGGGGCAAGGCCAGAUCCGCGCCCGACCUGUGCGCUGUGUGCCACCAGGUGGUCCGCGGACUGUACGCAUGGUGCCAAGGUUGCGCGCACGGCGGACAUUUGGCACACAUGCGUCGCUGGAUGGAGACUCACCGCCUCUGCCCCGCGGGCUGCGGCCACCAGUGUCAGCUGGGCUGAGGCUGAACUGUACUACAUU